AUGUAUAUGCAGGUCGAAAGUCAUUCAAACACACGCCUUCACUUGAAGAGAUCCCCGGGCAUCAGAUCUUGGUCUAUCCUUGUAGGGAUAUCCUCCAUUGGCAUAGCUGCUGCUUAUUAUAGUGAAGAUACCCUGGGAUGGAAACUCUUUUAUCUUGUUGGCUGUCUCUUUGUAGCUGCACAAAACCUAGAGGAGUGGGAAGAAGCUAUAUUUGAGAAAGAUGCAGGAAAGGUUUACUUAAAGUCAUUCAGCCUUUACAAAAAGCUGUUGACCUUUUCAAGAGCUGGCCACGAACAAGUGGUUGUUCCAUUGGAUGAAAUUCAGGCUGUGAAUGUAGAAGAAGAGAAGGUUCGUUACUUUGGGAAGGGGUACGUAAUUGUACUGCGAUUUGGCACUGGAUUUUCACACCCUCUAACACAGAAUGCAGUGAUGGGCUGCAGAAGUGAUGUUGAGGCUGUGGCCAACGUCAUUGUUGGUUUCCUUGAACUGAACGAGUUACAGAUUGAUGAAGGCCUUGAAACGAGUAGUGGAACAGAUGUUAGUGACGAAGAUCAAGCAAAGGACAAAUAGUUACAUGAACUCUGAUAUGUGGAAACCAAACAUUUUCUGAAUGGUAUAAAACUUGAAUGUUACAUUCUUAAGUUCUAGAAACAACUUUUUAAUUGUUAACUUCCUGUGUAUAAUGUUAAGCAUAGAGAUUUGCAACAAUCAGAAAGGAAUUUAAAAGUCUUCCAUAUUUUCUAGAGCCUAGACCUAUGGAUCUUUUAACCGAAAGAUUUUCAGAUGGGGAUACCAUUUGGACAUAAUUUAGAUGAUUACCUAAUUCCUGAUAAGUCUUGAACCUAUUUCUUUCCCCUUCUGCACUCCUUGUGAUUAUUUUAAAUUUCAAUAAAAUCCUCCAGCGAGAGUAUCAUGAGGCCAUAGACUUCGAAUGUGGGGCGUGCUAUUUCUCAACAACUGCACUUCUCUAGGAGGAGCAAUGUAAAAGCUUUUGCUUCAGAGCAAACCAGUUUGGCACUACACCCAGAUUCUGGGUUGUUUUUUUCCUAAACAAAAGGAAAAGAACAUUCAGAAAGCAGGUACAACCCCAGAGAAGACCCACCUGCAAGUCAUUACCAGUUGACAAGCCAUAGACAUGUUACAUAGCGCAGAAACUCUUCUAAUUGUCUUAGCAAUUAAGAUCUGUAAUUACACAUAGAAUUUGUCCUGAUCCCAGGUUGUUUUAAACAAAACUUGACUUCUGCUUGUAGUUAAUUGGCAGGCUGUAAACUUGUGGUUACCAGUCUGUGAUCAACGGUAGUUAAGUUCUCCCUAUCUAAAAAAGGACAUAAAUGGGAUUCCAAUCAAGGGCUAGCUCUCUAAUCACGGCCCACAGAGGUGAUACGAGUCUGUAAGGGUAAACUAUAAUAAAUAGUGACUAUAAUAAAUUCUUAAAGGUAAAGAGCUGAAAUUGAUUGUUUUGAGUGCAGCUUUUCAAAAAGAUGCAUCUUUGGCUUGUUCCUUUGCGGUACAUUACUGUUAGCUUUUCCACAGGAACCACAUUUGAUAUUGCACCCUUAAAAUUGAUAAGCACAAAGAAAGUUUGUAUGUGUGUGCACAUGCUUGUGUGUUUGUUUUCAACUCAUGAUUCACAUUAUUAUAUCCAUUUUUCUAAUAUUAGUUUGAUGGCGAUUAUAUUUUCUACUGGGCCAAGUACCAAUAAUGUCUUUGUUAAAUUUACUGCAGUUCAAAGGAAACAUCCAGUCUAAUAGAUAAUUCAAUGAUAGAUUUUUAUUUUAAAAAUGGGGAAAAUAGUAUAUGUCAGAUAUUCCUGUUUAGAGGGUUUUUUUUUUAAAAAAAGAAAAAAAAUAUCAAAAAGGCUUAUCCAGUAUAUUUUAUUAAACUAAAAAGUCGUUAGGGUCAUUGGUUUCCAGAUAUAAAAAGUAAAUACCUCCCAUUCUAGAAAUUCUCAAAAUAUAUUGAUUGUCUUGACAAUUAUUACUUUAGUCAUUUUCUAAGUGUCUUAGAGUAGAACCUUGUUGAACAAUAAUUGUCAAAAGGACAUUUUUGUCAGAUAUGUCGGGUUUUUUGAAAAGUGUUAAGAUGUUAAUUGGAAAGUGGAUGUGCUUUAUAAAGUGGUUUUUCAGUUGUAUAAUUUAAAAAUUAUUGCACUGUUUCAUACUCAGUAUUAAUAUUUCUUGUCAGAUAUUCAAAUACUAUUGUAACAUUUUAAUGCUUCCUUUUUAAAACAACUUGCUUUUAAAAAAAUAACAAUGGUUUAAGAAAAGUUAUAAACUCCAUUCUAUAUUUGUUUCCUGGCAAUAGGGCAUUAGAAAGUAAAAGUUUUUUCUUGCAUAAUUAAGCAAUAGAACUGUGUCUACAAAUGUAUGCAUUUUUAAAAACUGGACAAAAAUUCAUUGAAAUUGAUACAGUAGAAGAAAUAUCCAUCUAAAUGAGAUUAUAAUUAGAACAUUAAAAUAAAUGAUUCUAUAUCAAAUUGAAUUUAACAGAGAUUUGUGUCUUUGAGAUGGUCAGAGAACCUGAGCUGCAUAAGGAAAUUUAGGCACCUGUUCUGGUACAUGGAAUCUAAUGCUCACUGCUCAUCUCAGAACUCAUUACAGAUGGUUAUUUGAGGUCAAUAUUAAGAUAUUCUAUUGGAAGCAAUCUGACAACUUCUUGGAAAUGUGAUUGGUAUCUCUGACUAGGAUAAGACAGGCACUCUUUUAUAUAAUUCUGAAAAAAGUCUUAAGUUCAACAUUUAUUUAUAAACAUUUGGGUUGUAAACUAAUCUUAGCCAGGCAGUUUGAUUUAUUGGAAAAUACUAUUUAAUUAAAGUUCUUGCCUGGAUGAACCUUAAUAUUUAAAAUGGAAAGGUGCCUGUCUGAAGUUAAAAGUAGAGUCGCUUUUACAAAAUUGCAUAUUUUUCAUGUAUUAAAUAUCUGGCAGAGGAACAGUUGGUGCUUUAAUAGCUGAAAUCACUAUAUGUUCAAAUGCACAGCUUCAAGAAAUUGUGUAACAAAUGCAACAUUACUUGUCAAUGUAUAAACAGACUUAGUUAAAUGGAA